CGCAAGAAACUGGUCGAACACCGCGAGAUCGACCACCGACUCAAAGAGGUCAGGGAAUCGUUGAAAGAAGUGAACAAACAGUACGAGAAGAGUGAGAACGACUUGAAAGCGCUGCAAUCCGUGGGACAGAUCGUCGGCGAAGUCCUCAAACAGCUGACCGACGAUAACUUCAUAGUGAAGGCGACGAACGGACCGCGAUAUGUGGUCGGCUGUCGGCGACAACUCGACAAAAGCAAACUCAAAGCCGGCACUCGUGUGGCACUAGACAUGACUACUCUAACUAUAAUGCGUUAUCUGCCGCGAGAAGUGGAUCCGUUGGUGUACAACAUGUCGCACGAAGACCCGGGAGACGUGAACUACUCAUCCAUCGGUGGUCUCGGCGAACAGAUCCGCGAACUCCGGGAAGUGAUUGAAUUACCGCUGCUUAACCCGGAGCUGUUCGCUCGGGUGGGCAUCACUCCACCGAAGGGUUGUCUCCUCUACGGUCCGCCCGGAACCGGCAAAACCCUAUUGGCCAGAGCCGUGGCCUCGCAAUUGGAGGCCAACUUCUUGAAAGUGGUUUCGUCGGCAAUUGUGGACAAAUAUAUCGGCGAAUCGGCGCGACUCAUACGCGAGAUGUUUAACUACGCUCGCGAUCAUCAGCCGUGCGUUAUCUUCAUGGAUGAGAUCGACGCCAUCGGUGGCCGCCGUUUCUCCGAAGGCACGAGCGCUGACCGCGAGAUCCAACGGACACUAAUGGAACUGUUGAACCAAAUGGACGGCUUUGACUCACUCGGACAGGUGAAGAUGAUUAUGGCCACCAAUAGACCCGAUACGCUGGACCCGGCGCUACUACGGCCGGGCCGUCUGGACCGUAAGAUCGAGAUCCCACUGCCCAACGAACAGGGAAGGCUGGAAGUGCUCAAAAUACACGCCCAGCCCAUCGCCAAACACGGAGAGGUCGACUGGGAGGCGGUCGUGAAGCUGAGCGAUGGUUUCAAUGGCGCCGAUCUGCGCAAUGUGUGCACCGAAGCCGGACUCUUC